CUAUAAUGCGAACGCCUCCCACCUCUGCCUCUUGAUUUGGUUCACAUCACGACAAAACUCUCCAAUCUUAAUGAUAUACGAUCUACGACAUACGACUGCGUGGUGCUUCUGUCCAGUUGAUCUGGAUUUUAUGGGGUUACACGCUCUAUAAAAUGGUAGCUUGCGGUCUAUUAUUCCCUGUAUUAUAGUGCAAUGUAUAGUAUGCCACAUGGAACCCAUGGACUACAAAAUGAGACCUAUACUUUCCAAAGACAAAUAGCCACCUCUCUCUAAAAAUUAACCCCUAUAAUACACUUAUUCUCCCUACCUUUCUACUAUCUUACGCCGUAGUACGCGGCCCAGACUAUAGAUCACGUGAUGGACGCCGGAACCAAUGCCGCGGCCAGAGUGUACAGUACUGUACACAGUAGCUUCAUCAGCACCUCCGACAACGCCAACAAUUCGCUCCUCGCGCGAGAAACAUACACACCACCCACGCCGCCAUGCCUCCGAAACGCACCGCCGCCGCCACGGCGACUCCCACCGCGACCAAAUCCCUCUCGUCCGGCCCCAAGACCCUCACAGCCAACUCCUCCGUCUCGGACAUCAUCCACCAUGUGUGGCAGCAGUACGUGGCGACCACGCCGCAACGAACAAUGCUCCUGGACGUCUUCAUGGCAUUCCUGGUUCUUGUCGGGGGCAUCCAAUUCAUCUACUGUGUUGUAGCGGGCAACUAUCCCUUCAAUGCCUUCCUGAGCGGUUUCUGCGCCGCCGUUGGCCAGUUCGUGCUCACAGCCAGCUUGCGCAUGCAGACGAGUUCCUCUCCUUCCCAGGGUUCCGGUAAGACGAGCGCGAAGGGCGGGAAGAGUGCCGAUGGGGUUUCGCAUGAGAGGGCGUUCGCGGAUUAUAUCUUUGGGAGUUUGAUCUUGCAUUUCUUCUGUAUUAAUUUUAUUAACUGAUUGCGUUGCGGCCCUUGUUUUUGUAUGUAUGGCAUGCUGUGGUGGUUGCUUGCUUGCUUGUGGAGGAGGUUAGGUAGUUUCCCUGGUGGAUUCUCUUGGUGUCUAUUAUUAUGGU